AUGGCUAUUCGAUUGCAUUGUGUUUUGAGUCCUAAACACAUUCUUCGCCGAUCUAACCUGUUUGCAAAUCAUGCAGCUGCAACAUCACUGGAUGUGCCUAAAGGGCACUUUGCUGUGUACGUAGGAGAGGGUGAAAAGAAGAGAUUUGUGAUACCAGUGGCGGACCUACAUUACUUUAAGGUGUCAUUGUUGAAUCAACCUUCAUUUCAGGAACCGCUAAGUAUAGCCGAGGAAGAAUUUGGUUUCACUCAUCCAAUGGGUGGCCUUACUAUAAGACAUUUUCCUUAA